AUGAGAACAGGCUUCCUUUCGCUUAGCCGCGAUAAAGAGAAUAUGACUGGAGAAAUACAUACUGUUUCUGGUCCCGUUGUAAUUGCCUCUAAUAUGUUAGGUUGUGCUAUGCAUGAGCUAGCUAAAGUAGGUCAUCAAGGCCUAAUGGGUGAAGUUAUCAGAAUAGACCAAGAUAAAGUAACUAUUCAAGUCUAUGAAGAAACAUCUGGACUAGGAGUAGGCGAUCCAGUUACGCGUUUAGGACAUCCACUUUGUGUUGAAUUAGGCCCAGGACUACUAGAUAACAUCUUUGAUGGUAUUCAACGUCCACUUAGAGAGAUCUACAAAGCAACCCAAAGUUUGUACAUUCCUUCUGGAGCAGCUUUUCCCCCCUUAGAUAGAACUAAGCUCUGGGAGUUCACUCCAACCGUACAAGUAGGUGAUGAACUAGGCCCAGGUGAAGUCUAUGGGACUGUGCAGGAAAACUCCUUAGUCCUGCUCAGACUAAUGAUCACUCCUGGUCAUAAAGGCAAAGUACUUCAAAUUAAACCAGCUGGACAGUAUACCGUAGAUACAGUCAUGGUAUCUCUCCAAGAAGAAUCAGGAUCUGAAUGGGAGGAAAGAAUGUACCAAAUCUGGCCCGUUCGUACACCACGACCUGUCCGACAAAAGCUCGCCUCGCAAAACCCUCUCUUUACUGGGCAGCGCAUGCUUGAUGCCAUGUUUCCUUGUGUUCAAGGCGGGACAACGGCUAUUCCAGGGGCUUUUGGUUGUGGGAAGACCGUGAUCUCCCAAUCUCUUUCUAAGUACUCUAACUCAGAUGUAAUUGUCUAUGUAGGUUGUGGUGAGAGAGGUAAUGAAAUGAGUGAAGUCCUAGAAGAGUUUCCUACUCUAAAAGUAACAAUUGGAGAUAAGGAAGAGUCCAUUAUGAAACGUACAGUUCUGGUAGCCAAUACUUCUAAUAUGCCAGUCGCUGCCCGAGAAGCCUCUAUCUACACGGGCAUAACUAUUGCUGAGUAUUUCCGGGACCAAGGCUACAACGUAGCUAUGAUGGCCGAUUCAACUUCACGUUGGGCCGAAGCCCUUAGAGAGAUCUCCGGGCGUUUAGCCGAAAUGCCAGCUGAUUCAGGGUAUCCCGCCUAUUUAGGAGCCCGAUUAGCUUUCUUCUAUGAAAGAGCCGGAUUUGCCCAGUGUUAUAGCGGAAAAGAAGGCAGUGUAACUGUCGUUGGAGCCGUAUCACCCCCAGGAGGAGACUUUUCCGAUCCAGUUACGGCUGCUACCCUAGGUAUUGUUCAAGUUUUCUGGGGUCUAGAUAAGAAACUAGCCCAAAGAAAGCACUUCCCUAGUGUAAAUUGGAACCUUUCUUAUUCUAAGUACUUAGAUGCACUCGAGCCUUUCUACCACCAACUGGAUCCCGCCUAUACUCAAGCCAUGAGCACGAUUAGAGAGCUUUUACAAAGAGAAGAUAGUCUUUCGGAAAUUGUGCAACUGGUUGGUAAAGGUUCUUUAGGUGAAAUAGACCGACUUGAUUUAGAAGCAGCCCGUCUAAUCAGAGAAGACUUCCUACAACAAAACGGUGUAUCUACUUACGACCGCUACUGUCCCUUCUACAAAACCGUAGCUAUGGCCAAGAACAUUGUGCUUUACUACAACAAGUGCCGCGAAGUUCUGGAAGCCAAAGCAGUUCCCUCCUGGGAAGUCCUACGCAACGACACACGCGAUGUCCUCCACCGCCUAACUCGCAUGAAGUUUGAAGAUCCCGCCGCCGGCGAAUCCGUCGUUAAGCAAAGACUAGCCGAAGUAGCCCAAGACAUAGCCACCGUCAUCCAGACCGGCGAUCAAUAA